UCACACCUAUGCGGCCAUGCGGGCCGCAUUUUGCACAGGCACGAGAGCCCAUUCAUUUGAAUGCACUCCCGUGUCUGUGACACGCAGCAAAGAAGUCCCUGCACUUCUUUGGAAAACGCAGCCCGCACAGGAACCUCGGUUCCCAGUAUGGUUGUGUUUUCCUGUGCAGGCGGCGUGCCAUUAGAACUAAUGGCACCCGCCCACGGCUCUGCAAUUCUCUGUGCGGGUGGUGCGGUUGCACAGAUUUUCAUGCGGAUCCAAAGCGGAACAACCAGCACAGAAGAGAACCUAGGGUAAGACAUCCGGAGAAAAUCUGUAAGUAGUGGGAGGCCCAGUGACCCGACCUGCGGUAGGAGAUUUAAAGGGAAU